UUGCAGUAAAAAGUGAUCUCUCUCCUGGUUCUCAUGUAUUUUUCAUUCUGGUUAGUGUAAUAUCACAAACCUUGAAUAACACUACGGGACCCAUACUAACUGCCAAUGGUGAUACUGGAAGUGCUCCCAAGAAGUAGAAAAAAAUCAUGAUGUUAGAAGAAAACGUUGAAUUGCUUGAUAUGCACCAUAGAUGGAGGCCUGCAGCUACAGCUGUUCACCAUUUCAAGGUAAAUGAAUCCAAAGUAAGGAUCAUUGUGGAAAAAGAAAAGGAAAUUCAUGAAGGCAUAACUGAAACUAUGCUAGCAGGCAUAAACCCCCCCUUGCACUUUUUGUAAAUAUCUUUUUAUCUCAUAUUCAAAAAGCGUCUUUUAUGUGGGUGCAGGACUGCUAUAAGAAUUGCUGUAAGAAAGGCAUACCUAUAGAUUCUAAUAUGAUUUGAGAAAAAGUAAAGCCAUUAUAUGGCAAUUUAAAGCAAAAGACAAGUGAAGGAUCUAAAGCUGGAGAAUUUAAUGCCAGCAAAGGACGAUUUCUACCUCUUUUUUCCCCAUCUCUACUCCCCCUCUGCUUUCCCUGUUAAAUGUCUGCUUCUCUGUUACACCCCCUUGUCCCACGGGAGGUGACUGCGAAGGAGAGGCUUAGGAGCUGAAGACCCUGGCCUGAGGAAGACUCCGUGUGAGAAUGACAGAGGUGGCGCCUCAGGAGAGGGGUGGAGUCUACAGAAUCCCAGAACCUAGGAGAGGACGCGGAAUGUCCAGGAUUGGGGCUGCGGCGCUGCCCUCCACGGUCCGACAAGGGCGAGGCAUGAAUGGAGGAAAGGUCGUGGAUCCACUUCACGGGAUUGACUUCUAACGACUCAUUUUACAUGACGAAGAAACCCAGAAGAGGAAGAAGAGGAAAGAAAAGGAUUCAGGAAUGGCUCUUACUCAGGGACAGUUGACAUUCAGGGAUGUGGCCAUAGAAUUCUCUAAAGAGGAGUGGAAGUGCCUGGACCCUGCUCAGAGGACGUUAUACAGGGAUGUGAUGUUGGAGAACUACAGGAACCUGGUCUCCCUGGAUAUCUCUCCUAAAAGUGUGAUCAAGGCAUUACCCCCAAUAGGUAACAGCUAUACAAGGGAAAUAUUCCACACAGUAACAUUGGAAAGACAUGAAAACCAUGACAUCGAAGAUUUUUGCUUCAGGGAAAUUCAGAAAAAUAUACAUGACUUUCAGUGUCAGUGGAAAGAUGAUGAAGGAAAUUACAACACAGAGCCCAUGACCCAAAAAGAAAAUCUUACUAGUAGAAGAGGCCAACAUAAUAGAAGAGAUGCAGGAAAUAAGCCUAUUAAAAAUCAGCUUGGAUUAUGCUUUCAGACACUUUCACCUAAACUGCAGCUAUUUCAAGUUGAUGGGAAUAUUUAUGACUGUAAUCAAGUUGAAAAGUCUAUCAAUAAUGGUUCCUUAGUUUCACUACCACAAAGAAUUCCUUCUAAUAUUAAAACCCAUAUUUUUAAAAAAUAUGGGACUGAUUUCAUCAAUCCUUCAUUACUCACACAAGAACAGAAAUCAUGCAUUAGGGAAAAACCUUACCAAUGUAAUGAGUGUGGCAAAGCCUUUAAUCACAGUUCACACCUCAUGGUACAUAAGUUAAUCCAUUCCGGAGAGAAACAAUAUAAAUGUGAUAUCUGUGGCAAAGUCUUUAGUCAAAAGUCAAAUCUUGCACGUCAUCAGAGAGUUCAUACUGGAGAGAAACCAUACAAAUGUAAUGAAUGUGACAAGGUUUUCAGUCGCAAUUCAUGCCUUGCACUACAUCGGAGAAUUCAUACUGGAGAGAAACCUUACAAAUGUAAUGAGUGUGGCAAAGUCUUCAGUCGUAAUUCAUGCCUUGUGCUACAUCAGAGAAUCCAUAUUGGAGAGAAACCUUACAAAUGUAAUGAGUGUGGCAAAGCCUUUAGUGUGCGGUCAACGCUUAUGAACCAUCAGGUAAUCCACAGUGGAGAGAAACCUUACAAAUGUAAUGAAUGUGGCAAGCUCUUCAGUCAAACUUCAAGCCUUGCAAUUCAUCAAAGAAUUCAUACUGGAGAGAAACCUUACAAAUGUAAUGAAUGUGGCAAAGUCUUUAGUCAAACUUCAAGCCUUGCAAGGCACUGGAGAAUUCACACUGGAGAGAAACCUUACAAAUGCAAUGAAUGUGGUAAGGUCUUCAGUUACAAUUCACACCUUGCAAGUCAUCGAAGAAUUCAUACUGGAGAGAAACCUUACAAGUGUAAUGAGUGCGGCAAAGCCUUUAGUGUGCAUUCAAACUUAACUACCCAUCAGGUAAUCCAUACUGGAGAAAAACCUUACAAAUGUAAUGAGUGUGGCAAAGCCUUUAGUGUACACUCAAGCCUAACUACGCAUCAGGUGAUCCAUACUGGAGAAAAACCUUACAAAUGUAAUGAGUGUGGCAAAUCCUUUAAUGUGCGCCCCAACCUUGCUAGACAUCAGAUAAUCCAUACUGGGAAAAAACCUUUCAAAUGUAAUGAUUGUGGCAAAUCCUUCAGUGUGCGCCCAAAUCUCAUUAGGCAUCAAAUGAUUCAUACUAGAGAGAAACCUUACAAAAAUGAUAAAUACGACAAGGUCUCCAUUCAAAGUUCAAAUCUUGCAAGUCUUCAAAGAAUUCAUACUGGGGAGAAAUCUCACAAAUGUAAUGACUGUGGCAAGAUCUUCAGUCAUAAUUCACUCCUCGCACAACAUCAGAGAAUUCAUUCCUGAGAGAAUCCUUACACAUGCAAAGAGUAUAGCAAACCAUCAUGAGUUCAAGCAUUAAUUGUCUUCAAAGAGCCCAUACUAGAGUGAAAUUAUAUAAAUGUAAUGUACAGGGCAGGGGCUUUACUUAGGCCUCAAAACUCGCUAGACAUCAAAAUAUACAUCUGUGAUAAAAACAGAUAUGUAAUGUGCAUGCCUAAGCUAAUACCCAAGUAUCAAAACUGUAUAACAUCUUUUAUGGUGGUGUCUAAGAAAUAAUAGGAUGGAAGGGCUCACUUCAUUAGAUGAGGAUCAUUUCUUUCCAAGUUCUUUAAAGAAGAAGGACUCUGCCUUUGACAAUUAAUUAGAGAGCAUGGAGUAAGGGCAGAGAAUAACGUAACACUAGGAUGUUGGUCAUCAUACUGAUUGGGUUUGGGGUGCUCUUCCUCCAACAGGAGGGCGCUGUGAGUUACAGGAAAGAAAUGUUCUACCAAUUGACCAUGAAAUAAGCAAGUCAAGACCAUAGGACACUGGGAUUAGUAGGUAUUAGUGACUAAUUAUGUUGUAGAAAUAUUACAGGGGAAAUGGUGGCCACCUUCAUUGAAUGGCAACAGCUGUUGUAUAACAAAGAUUAUUGAACUACAAUAGGACUUUAUUGAGUAGGAUUCACAUAUAACUGCUGGCGUUACAUUUUGCUGCUGUUUUAUUCCAAAUGUAUCAUAGAUCUUGUGAUAAUUAAUAAAAUUUUAUCUUUUU